CCAGGAUGAUACUCCACCAAUUUCAUCAACCACAUCGCUGCCACUUACCACUCAUAAACCAUCGGCAACAACAAGCGGCACAGUGCAAAGUACAACAACAGGACCGCCUGCAACUACAAGCACUACUCCCCCGUCCGCAACGAAGCCGAUAGGAGCUAUUGUCGGUGGAGUAGUGGGAGGCUUAGGGGUUGCUGCCCUUGUCGCCCUGGUCCUUCUCUGCUGGUAUCGUCGGCGAAACAGCGGCGCUCCUCGGAAGAAUUCAGGAAAUGAAGGCGACUCUCCUCCGGUAACACAGUUUAACGGUGCAGCAUCGGCAUACGGAUCUUCGUCCGCCCAACUCCUAGUUCAUUCGACAGCCUCGAUAGUCCCUAUGGCCAACUCAGAGAACUCUCAUGGAGGCUCGCAGGAUGACUACCUGGCUAAUUCCAACCAUGACCCUGUUGACCAAUCCAACAUGCGGAACGCCUACCAAACUCUCCCUUCAGGCCAGGUAGUCCUAUACCCAUCAGGAUCCACACCAUUGCCAUCUCUACUUCCUUCAACCUCCAUAGCUAGUGACACCCAACACCCCUCUCUCUCCCGACCAACUCAAGCCUCCGCCAUACAAACACAAGAAGAAAUCCGCCGCGCACGACAAGCAGAGCUCGACAACCGACUAAGAACAGUCCAACAAGAAAUGCAGGAGAUGCAAGAGUUAAGGAUGGAUAUGAGGCCUGAGAAAGCGGGGCCGGGGCGGUCGUUGUCGUUGAGAAGACAGCGAACGUUGACUAGGAAGACGGGGGAGGUGGAGGUUACGGAGGAGGAGGUGGACAUGUCGGUAUCGGAUAUGAAGGAGGAGAUUCGGUCGAUGAAGGAGCAGAUUAGGAUGUUGAAGGAGCAGAGGAGGUCGCCGUGGGCGGAGGGAUUGUCGGAUGAUCCUCCGCCGGGGUAUACGCCUACGGAGACGAGGACGAGAGAUGUGUUGAUGGUGUCAUUAGUAUUACUAAAUAUAUUUCUUUUUCGCC